UCCUUCACCUCUUGCAAAUGGCAGCUUUCAGCUUUCAUCACACAGCAGCAUGGUGAAUACAGUAGCCUAGUAAGCCUACUAGAUUGCAGGUAAAUUCGUGAUUUGUGUUUGGAGACUUUCACAAAGCACCAAGCAACCGGCAGCCCGUGCAAUUAAUACAAAUCUGAAUGGAUUUAGAAAGUAAAAGUUGCCUUUUGUGUUUUAGCCUACGCGUAGCAAGCCUACACCAGGGGUUAUUCUAAACUUCAGGUUGUCGAGAGGCAUUUAUGACCUUCAGUAGGUUGUAGACAAACUCCAAGAGGUCCUCUUACUAUAUUGUCUCAAGGAAUUUGUUGUUAGACUUUUCAUACUCUGUCCUGAUGAUAUUAAGAUGGACCAGGUGCUGGAAGUCGUGUGUAUCGUUAAGCCACCACGGCAUCGCUGUCAAAUUCACUGGAAUCCCGGGUAACCAGCUGAUGUCCCAUUCACAAAACCACAGACUCCAGCCAUUUCGGAAGAAUCAUACACUUACAGUAAAUUUGCUGAAGGAUGAAGCCGUACAGAAGUACAUACAGAGGCUUAGGGAUGAAUACAACAUUGUCACUGGCACAUUACAAAACGCGAAUCUAAGUGAUUCUGACAGGCGAAACUGCCACCAGAGACGAGUGGAGCUAUUGCCUGUGGUGAACGCGCUCAUAGGCACCGAAGACGCAACCAAAGAUCUUCAAGAAGUGGAAUCCUUUCUUCAAAGUACUACAGCGGAUUCAACCCAAGACGAGCAAAUGGCUGAGCUGCUUAGAGAAGAGCAAGCUGAACUCUCCAGAACACUCCAAGACCUAAACAAAGAAUUGAUUCAGGCUCUGGUUCCAGUAGAUGAGCUUGACGACAGCAAUGUCAUAUUGGAAGUAGCGUCUGGCAGGACUACUGGAGGUGACAUUUGCCAGCAGUUUACCCGUGAGAUCUUCGACAUGUACGAAGGUUUUGCCAGCUACAAAAACUGGCACUUUGACGUCCUGAAUUACACGCCUGCAGACUAUGGUGGCCUGCACCAUGCGGCGGUGCGUGUGUCGGGGGAGGGCGUGUUCCGGUGGCUGCGGUUCGAGGGUGGCACCCACCGCGUGCAGAGGAUCCCUGAGGUGGGGCUGUCCUCGCGCAUGCAGCGCAUCCACACGGGAACCAUGACGACCAUCGUGCUGCCGCAACCCAACGAGGUGGAGAUUCAGAUUGACCCCAAAGAUUUGAGAAUCGACACUUUCAGAUCAAAAGGACCAGGCGGUCAAAGUGUGAACACGACAGACAGUGCUGUCCGAAUCGUCCACUUGCCCACAGGCACAGUGGCCGAGUGUCAGCAGUCGCGCUCCCAGAUGCACAACAGAGACGCAGCCAUGCGGGUCCUCAAGGCCCGCCUCCACCAGAGCAUCAUGGGAAAGCAAACAGAACACAGAGACACAGCACGCAAGCAACAGGUGGGCACACGGGCGCAGUCGGAGAGGAUUCGCAGCUACAACUUCAGUCAGGACCGAGUGACCGACCACCGCAUCGGCUACAUGACGCGCGACAUCAAGGAGUUCAUGAGGGGGGGAGAGCAGCUGGAGGAGCUGAUCUCAGCGCUGCUGGAGCACCGGGACCUCGAGGCCUUGAUGGAGCUGGUGGAGAGCGACCGCACCAAGGGCACGGAGCGACCUGCCACCGAGGAGGGAAGCUGACCCAGGAUCCACCCGCUGAGCAGCCUCCACUCUUUAACAGUGACAGACCUGCUGAGCAGCCUCCACUCUUUAACAGUGACAGACCCGCUGGGUAGCUGACCCAGGAUCGACCCGCUGAGCAGCCUCCACUCUUUAACAGUGACAGACUGAUAUGAAGUUACUGGACAGAUAGAGGAGAGGUUACUACUACAGCCGGGAGAUCCUACUGUCUCCAGUCUCCACUUCACCUGAGAGAGACAGGACGUCCUGCUUUUCCCUCUCCUGGAGAGACCGACUUUGGACAGCUGAUGGCAUGACCAGGGCGUUGUGCACAGAUCAGGAAGGUCUGCCUUUCAAAUGUAACCAGAAAUGGCGUUUGACGCUGCAGAGAUGUUAUGUUACAUUACGCUACGACAUGACAUGAAUAAAGUGUAGCGGCAGCUGCUGUGGGCGUGGCUGAGUGUAUCUGAAGCACAAAUGGGCGCACACACUGGGGCAGGCCCAGAGCCCUAUCUUGCACCAACAUGC